AUGCUGGCCGGCAACUUCUGGAGCAGCGACGAGUUCUACAACCACACGGGCGUUGAUCUCAUUCUCACACUGGAAAGCUGGGCGUGGAGUCCAGCCAUGAACGCCUUGCUCCAUGAUCAAGUCGUGCACCGUCGUUCAACUUGGCAAGACAAGUACGACAGCGAUGACCUCCGGACCCUUUCAGAGAUCUAUGACCAGGCCAACGCGACGCACACUCGCCAGCGGAGGGUCUCAGUUGUCAGGAGCGCGUACGACCGCCUGGACCACGGCACGAACAUUCUCGACACAUUCUCAGGGACCACCUACCUGCCGACGGCCUGA